GGAAGGACAAUAAACAAGCUCAAAGUUUCCUGUGCGAAUCCGGCAAGAUUUAUCACAGACAGAAGAAACGAGUAAGAUAUCCCUAUAAAUACCGCAUAAAUGGUCUUCAACCCUCUUCCCCAAGCAACCCCAAUCUCACGUUUGUAAUUCGUACAUAUACCCCUCUCCCUUCAAUCAAUUUUCUCACCAAUUAGCCAGUUUAAUUGUGUGAUUUCAGCUUUGCCCUAAUAUCUUGUCCUUCCCCUAUCCCUCUCCCUGUCAGUCUCUACUGGUUUAAACUAGCAUGGGGCUCUCAAAAACCUUCUCAGAGUCCGAUGUCUCGGUCCGCUCCACCACUAGCUAUAUCCUAACCUCACCGGCUAAGUACGUAUGUUGUUUUUUUCUGAUUGAAUUAAUCAUGCAUGACCCUCCCCUGACAUCCAACUUCGACUUAUCCUUUCCGUAGAUUAGAAUUGAGGUUGUUAGAAUAUGAGCAUGAGUAUGAAUUGGUAAACUUGGUUGUAGGAUUAGAGAUUGAGUAGGAAGUCUUGUUGGGAAUGGAUUUGUAAAUCCAUGUUGUAACUGGAUUGCUAUUUGGAAUGAAUUGGUAUUCUAUAUGGUUUUUAAUAGGGGAAUCCUUAUAGAAUUUGGCUUAGAUUGUAUAGUAUAUAUAUGGUGGCCUCUGCUCUCGCAGUGAGUACUCGAUAUAAGACUAAGAGCUAUUAUUAGUUGAGAGUCUCGUUCACUGAAGAGAGGAGAAGGUGCACCACGACUUUGCUGCAGAAAUCAAGCUUCGAACUCUUCUGCAGGGUUAUGGUGUUGCAUGCAGGUACGAGAUGCCGGAGAAUUCGAUGAGUGAAAAGGUGGCGGCCCAGAUGAUAAAGGACGAGCUGAAGCAGGAUGCGGACCCAGGGAUGAACUUGGCCUCGUUUGUGACAACAUCGAUGGACAAGAAGGCUAAAGAGCUUAUCAUGGAAUCCCUCGACAAGAACUAUGUUGACAUGGAUGAGUACCCUGCUACCACUGAGCUUCAGGUUCGUGUCCAGACCACAAAGAAGGAAAAAAAACGAAAACUUGCAAAAUUAUAAUUAAAUUAUACAUUGUAGUGCUACACUACCUCGCAAUGGUGGUGAAAGAAGGGGGUAGAAAAACCGGGCGGUUUAAGAUAUUGUCAAGGGACAUUGGGGUUCUGGUGGUGGCGUUUUCUCUCAAGGACAGAAGCCGUUACAAUGAGUUUAAGGUGUCCGAGGGUUUGAGGCGUCACCAAUUUAUUGUGCCUGCAUAUCACAUGUCAGCGGAUGCUAAGCAUGUGGCCUUGCUCCGCGUUGUCAUAAGGGGAUACUUCUCUUGCACUAAGACUGAGGGCCUUCUGUCCUGCAUCAACGCCGUGCUUAAAGAGCUCGAUGAGCUGCAUCCAGUUGCUGCCAUUCAAGAAAAUGGUCAUCAUAAACUGUCUCUAAAAGGAGUUGCAAAUGGAAACGGUGAGCUGCCACCAGCUGCCUACCGUUGAAAAUGGCCAUCACAUAGUGUGCACAAAAGGAGCUGCAAAUGGAAAUGGUGUGACAGAGAAUGGCCAGAACGGCGCAAAAUACUACUAGUCGCAUUGUUGGAGUGACCAAACAUGACAUACAUCUCAAUUAAUCCAAACCAGAUUUUAACAUUUUUUUUGUCGGAAAUCGAUUUUAUUAGAUCGAUGGUAGGAGUUUUUGUUUCUUUUGUUUUGGUGUUUUUGUUUCUUGGCAUGAUCAAAUACGUUCAGCAAUAGUACUCAUUAAGUGCUGAAAUUUCAUUAGAAAUUCUUUU